AUGCGCAUCACAUCCCGCCUCCUCGCCGAGCCCGUCUCUCAACCAUUCCGGCCGGGACGACGAGCUCCCGCGCUGGCCCUCCUCCCACCGAUCCCCCUGUACCGGCGCCUCCUACGGAUCCAUCGCAAGAAGCUGGGUCCCGAGGAGCGCAUCAUGGGAGACAUGUACGUCAAAGCCGAAUUCCGGCGUCACCGGGACGUCGAAAACCCACUGCACCUCGUGGGCUUCCUGACCAGAUGGCAAGAGUACGGGCAGAUGCUGGAGGGCGACGACUGGAAGGACGGCAAGAUCGAUACCGCGCUGGUGGCUAAACUCAGCGACCACCAGGUCGGUCAGAUGUAUGAGCUCAUGCAGACGAUACAGAAGAGGGGGAGGGACAGUGUGGACGAAGAGGAAGAGGGGAGGAUCCUACAGGCUAUUGAUGAGGCGGCGGGCAGUGGCAAGAAGGAUUCAUAG